CAACCCAAAAAGCACGACAAUCACCAAACAUGUUACAACCAAAUUGAGUACAGAACAACCCUUAACAACUAACAGAUCCACACAAAAACCUAUAAUUGCAAACAAUAGAACAAACAUAACACCUAGUGACAAGACAAUGGUCCACAUAAACAACACAACAGAAGACUAUGGUAAUGACAUCAUGCAACAAGCUGAAAGUACUGAAACAAUGAUCAGGAAAACAGAUGAGGAGGAAAUAGCAGAUGCUAACAUUGGUUUGAUUGCUGGAAGUAUCACAGGAGCAUUCUUGUUUCUUUUACUAAUAGUGCUGGUAGCUGUUGCUAUGGUGAAAUGCAGGCAAAAAGCAAAUACUGACACUAAAGCUACAACUGAGAUGUAUGAAUCUGUUGACCCCUCAGCAGUUGUCAAAGACACAACACCACAUGUGUAUAGUCAGCUAGAUAUCCCCUAUGUAGAGCCACAACCAAGCUAUGUUAAUACAACUUUUGCAUCAGCUGAGCCAGUGUCCAGUGUUGAAUAUGAAGUUGUUAAUACUAAAGCAGAAAUUGAUGAUAUACAGGGCAGAAGUGUUGUUCAUGAAGAAGUAAACUAUGAAGUAGUAUCUGUUGGGAAUGUAAAGAAUAAGAUUGACUAUGAAAAUGUGGCUAAUGGAAAAGUCAAAAGUGAAGCGUAUUGCAGAGAACCUG